UAUGGGUGCGGGUUGUCGGACCCUGGGGAACGCUCCCGUUCGAGCGGGGACCCCCAUCCGACAACACGUACCCAUAGCCCUCUCCGAUCCCCCUAUGGGUAUCGGUGUGUGUUGUUGGUUCGUCACGGCACGACUUGCUGAUAGACGUCCUCACGCCGAGACGGGUGCGGUGCCCACAGACUCAUCGUUCUUGGUUUUGUAAUUACUGUUGCUCAUCCGUGUCCGUCUUGGUUCAAAGACGGCCUCAAAGUUUGCGCGCCAUGGUUACGCGACGCUGAGGCCAGCCUGCGACAAGUAGCAGGGCACGCAAGGACCAUGGAUUUCAAGAGCAUCAAGGAGGCUGAGAGCAACCUGGCGUUCGCGAAGGCGUCCGGGGACACCCUGCUGGAGGCAGCUGCGACGCUGGACCUUGCGAAGGCGCACAUUGCCAGCCUCGUGAGGAAGCUCGACAAGUGCUCAAUUCCGUCCUCUGAGGACUCCAUUGAAGCACUCAGGAGGGCAAAGGACGCCUUCACACUCUCGUCGUCCAUGGGCAGCAGAGAAGGAGGGGAGGAUGCGGCGCACGUCUGCUCGCUGGUGAUGACGUACAACGGGGUGCCUCCGCACGCCUACGAAAUGUCCGCAUCUGACCCGGAGGUGCUCUUCCAGGAGGUGAUGGCGGGCAAGUACACGACCCCGCAGAACGCGUUCCCAGCCCCCCCGAUGCCCAGCAAGGGCCACAAGCUCGACGAGGUCGUGCCCUCUGUGAAGCAGCUCGACCACGCCAAGUGGGGCUGGUACUCCCCACUGAAGGGCUACACGUACACGCUCACGUGGCAAGCCACGAAGGGUUUGAAGGACCGCAGCAUGAACAACAACACCAAGCGUAAGGCGUACGACGUGCUGGGCAUCAACACUGGCUCCAAGAGCUUCGGGGUCACCGCCCUAGUCGGAGCCAGAAGCAACGACGCCUCGGAGCGCGCCGAGGCCUUCAUGGUCUACAUGGUGUCGCCCGACGUGUUUCUGAAGCAGGGGUCGCAGAUCAUGGGCAUCACAAACACCAUCGGCGCAAUGGUUCUCUCGCGCAUCCCCAAGCUUACCGUCGUGAGCCUGAGCGAGUCUCAGGCGGACCCCGACAACACGAAGGUGCGCCAGAUGCACCAGUACCCCAUCACAUUGGGCCAGAUCCGUUCCUGCCGCCUGGAGUGCCCGACAAUCACCGCUGGGUACGUGGGCGCGGACUUUGCUUCGUGGAUGUCCGACCCGGCCCCGAUCGUGGAGAACAUCUUCGACGUCAUCGAGUCGGACGAGAGCGAGCGCAUGUACAAGAACGGCGACAUCUACGUGCCGCUGCUCGUCGAGCGGCCCCUCGAUGACCCGAUCAGGGUCGUGAGGCCCAACAGGCCCACCUCGUGGAUACCGGCGCACUGAGCGCCCGGCACAGGCGCGCGCCUUCGGGCGAGACAGACAUAUAAGCGAGCGACUCGCGUCGUACAUCGCAUCCUGCUCCUCCGCUGUUGCCGUGUAUCCUCCUCCUCGUCCUCCUUCGUCCCUGCUCUCUGCCUGUUGUCCCCCCCGAUCAUCGCGGAUGA